UGUUCCACCACCGCGGCGGCUGCAGAAGGAUGCUCCGUGUGCCGGCUCUCGCGCGCUCCCUGCGCCCCGUGACGCGUGCCCUGGCGCCCCCCCGGGGAACCCGCGCCUACGCCAAGGAUGUCCGCUUCGGCAGCGAGGCCCGCGCCCUCAUGCUGCAGGGCGUGGACCUCCUCGCCGACGCCGUCGCCGUCACCAUGGGGCCCAAGGGCCGCACGGUCAUCAUCGAGCAGAGCUGGGGCAGCCCCAAGGUGACCAAGGAUGGCGUAACGGUGGCCAAAGCCAUCGAGCUCAAGGACCGGUUCAAGAACAUCGGCGCCAAGCUGGUGCAGGACGUCGCCAACAACACCAACGAGGAGGCCGGAGAUGGAACCACCACCGCCACGGUGCUGGCGCGCGCCAUUGCCAAGGACGGCUUCGAGAAGAUCAGCAAGGGCGCCAACCCCGUGGAGAUCCGCAGAGGAGUCAUGCUGGCCGUAGAGGCGGUGGUGGCUGAGCUGAAGAAACUCUCCAAGCCUGUAACGACGCCCGAGGAGAUAGCACAGGUGGCCACCAUCUCGGCGAACGGGGACAAGGAAAUCGGAAACCUCAUCUCGGACGCGAUGAAGAAAGUUGGGCGCAAGGGCGUCAUCACCGUCAAGGAUGGUAAAACCCUGCACAAUGAGCUCCAGAUUAUCGAGGGACUGAAGUUUGACCGCGGCUACAUCUCCCCCUACUUCAUCAACUCGGCAAAGGGCCAGAAGUGCGAGUUCCAGGACGCGUUCCUGCUGAUCAGCGAGAAGAAGAUCUCGAGCGUGCAGUCCAUCGUGCCGGCGCUGGAGCUGGCCAACGCGCAGCGCAAGCCGCUCGUCAUCAUCGCCGAGGAUGUGGACGGGGAAGCGCUCAGCACCCUCGUGCUCAACCGACUCAAGGUCGGACUCCAGGUCUGCGCCGUCAAGGCCCCGGGCUUCGGGGACAACCGCAAGAACACUCUCAAGGACCUGGCGGUGGCGACCGGCGGCACCGUGUUUGGCGACGAGGCGCUGUCCGUGAACGUGGAGGACGUGCAGCUGCACGACUUUGGGCGCGUGGGCGAGGUGACCAUCACCAAGGACGACACGAUGGUGCUCAAGGGCAAGGGCGAGCGCGCCGCCAUCGAGAAGCGCAUCGAGGAGAUCGUGGAGCAGCUGGAGGCCACGACGAGCGACUACGAGAAGGAGAAGCUCAACGAGCGGCUCGCCAAGCUCUCUGACGGGGUCGCCGUGCUCAAGGUGGGCGGCACGAGCGACGUGGAGGUGAACGAGAAGAAGGACCGCGUGACGGACGCGCUGAACGCGACGCGCGCCGCCGUGGAGGAGGGCAUCGUGCUGGGCGGGGGCUGCGCGCUGCUGCGCUGCCUUCCCGCGCUCGACGCCAUCGCCCCCGCCAACAGCGACCAGCAGAUCGGCAUCGAGAUAAUCCGCAACGCGCUGCGCGUGCCGGCGAUGACGAUCGCACGCAACGCGGGCGUGGAGGGCUCCCUCAUCGUGGAGAAGAUCCUGCAGUCGGCCAACGACAUCGGCUACGACGCCAUGACGGGCGAGUUCGUCAACAUGGUGGAGAAGGGCAUCAUCGACCCCACCAAGGUGGUGAGGACGGCGCUGGUGGACGCGGCCGGCGUGGCGUCGCUGCUCGCCACGGCCGAAGCGGUCGUCACGGAGAUCCCCAAGGAGGAGAAGGCGGCCGGGAUGGGGGGCGGCGGCGGCAUGGGGGGCAUGGGGGGCAUGGGGGGCGGAGACAUGUUCUGAGCGCGGCGCGGUGACCCGAGGCGAACGACAUCGGCGACAUCGACGACGACAGCAGCUCGAGAGACGCGUGGACACGCGGGGCGGCGGCACCGCGCUCUCCGCUCGUCCCCUCUCCCGGCCCCGGCAGCCAGACUGUGAAGACAAACAUUCGCCCGCUCUCCCUUUUUCUAAUAAAACCCCGAGUUCAAAAAUGUACGUGGCUUGCUCCCAGCUCUCUCUCGCAUGCACACCCGCACACGGUGCACUCUCGCACGCGCACACACAGACACGUGCACGCACACCCUGUUCACCUCUUGCCGUAGUGCCCACCGCGUGCCAACGGGAAAGCGCUCCAACCAAUCUGUGCAUUAGACGGUGAGCGCCCUGCGUGCUGCGCCGUCUCCUGGCUUGAGUCGCGAAGCUGCAGUAAAUCUCACGGCUGGUGGUUUUGUCGUUUUCGUUUCCAUCGGGCGGCGCGGGGCAGCUCGGGAUCGUGGAAACAAAACGCCGCUCCGUUUGCCGCAGGAGCAUCGGCGCGACCCUCUCUCCCCCCGAGUGCGCGGUCCGCGGAGACGUCACGGCGAUCGCGGUGACGUCACGGCGAUCGCGGUGACGUCACGGCGAUCGCGGAGACGUCACGGCGAUCGCGGUGACGUCACGGCGAUCGCGGUGACGUCACGGCGAUCGCGGUGACGUCACGGCGAUCGCGGUGACGUCACGGCGAUCGCGGUGACGUCACGGCGAUCGCGGUGACGUCACGGCGAUCGCGGUGACGUCACGCUCGCCGAGCAGAGACGUCCGCAAGCUGCUGGAGUCGGCGCCGUGCGUGACCCCCGUGCGUGACCCCCGAGCCGGGAUUCGGGCCCCUGCGUGAACCAAAUUGGCUGGCGUUUAGCCCGGGUUCAGACGGCGUGGUGUGUUCACAGGUGAAUGCAGGCGUCUAGCCUGGUUAACAACAUCGGCAUCAUCAGUUUAAACUAAACUGCUGUUCACGUUGCGUUUAGAUGGCUGCUGUUUAAACCAGCUUCGUGAGUGUCCGGCGGUGGAGCGGGUGGGGUUUGUCCAUCCAGGUGUUGAAAGUGUCAAGCCGGGUGUCGGAAAUGUUUGUGUCGUGGUUGUAGGUUGUGUUCUCAUUGUGUCGCCGUGUUCGCGUAUUGUUUAGUAACGUCGUGGCUUGCGAUGGUGGUGAUGAUGGCGGGCGCGGCGCCUGGGCGAACUGAAGCAGGCACUUGGCCGGUCGCGCGUUUGGACUUUUGUACGAAAAACAGAGCAAGGAAA